AUGGAUGAAAAUUUCUUACGUAACUGUUAUGUCUCACGAAAUUCUGAACAACAACAACAACAACAACAUAAUCAUCGUUAUAUACGUUUUGAUGAUCAUCGUUCAUUUACAGAACAGCAACCACAACAACAAUCGACAUUGACACCUCCUAUAGACAAAUAUCAUUUUAUCUAUUUUGCUUUAUUUUGCUGUGGCAUAGGAUUUUUAUUGCCCUAUUCAAUCUAUAUAACAUGUGUUGAUUAUUUUCAUGCACAAUUUCCACAAACAGCAAUUAUAUUUCAUUUAAAUUUUAUUUAUAUUAUAGUGGCAUUUAGUACAGUUUUAUUUAGUAAUAUUAUUGCAAAUAUUCUAUCUGUUAAACGUCGUGUUAUAUUUGGUUAUUGUCUUACAUUAAUUAUACUUAUGUUUAUUACGAUUUUUUGUGUUGGUUUAGAAAUUUUUCCACAAAAAUGGUCAUAUUCUAUUUUUCUAUUGUCUGUAGCUAUAAUAGCAGUUGGAUGUACAUUACAACAAUCAAGUUUCUAUGGACUAACAAGUAUGUUACCUUCUCGAUAUACACAAGCUGUUAUGACAGGUGAAAGUUUUGCUGGCCUUCUUGCAUCAUGUGCUCGAAUUAGUACAAAUUUAUUUAUGUCAAAUGAUAGUCAUUUAAGCACAAUAUUAUUUUUUUCACUUGGUCUUCUAUUUGUACAAUUAUGUUUUAUAUUUUAUCUUAUGAUUCAACGUUCAAUAUUUAUUGAAUAUUAUAUUCAUCAAUGUGAAAAUGCAAGAAAAAAUGAAGAAAUUGAAUUUCAAAUUCGAUGUCAUGCAGCAUCGGUUCAUUCUAAACAGACAAUAAUUGAUGAUAAUGAAGAAAAUCUUGAAUCAAAUACAUCAACUAUUCAAGAUCCUCAUUUUGGUAUUUUAACUGUUGAUACAUUUGAUGAUCAACAACAACCAAUUAUUUCAUCAGCAGAUCAAUAUUCAUUAAAAUUAUGGUUUCGAAUAAAACGUGAAUGGUAUCGUCGAUUAGAUUGUAUAAGAGCAAUUUGGCCUUAUAUGCUUUCAAUAGCAUGUACUUAUUUAGUAACUUUAUCGUUAUUUCCUGGUGUUGAAUCUGAAAUGAUUAAUUGUCAAUGGCGUGAAUGGUUACCGAUUAUUUUAAUGGCUUUAUUUAAUACGUUUGAUGUUUUUGGUAAAAUGUUUGCACUUAUUGCCCAUGAUUUAUUAUCACCAAUUCAAUUAUUUAUCUGUAGUCUUUUGCGUUUAAUUUAUAUACCAUUAAUGAUUUUAUGUAUUUUACCAAAAUAUACAGCAUAUUUAUCAAGUUUAUUUUGGCAAUUCUUUUUUUCAAGUACACUUGGCUUAACAAAUGGUUAUUUUGGUAGUGUACCAAUGAUUCGUGCACCAAUAUCAAUUAUUGAAGAACGAAAAGAAUUAACAGGAAAUUUAAUGAUGUUUUCUUAUUCAGUUGGUCUUACAGUUGGCAGUCUUAUUUCUUAUUUACUUGAUGCCAUCAUUGUUCUUGUAAUCAUUUUGGUUGCUUGUCGAACGGCUACAUUAUAUAGUCUUUAUAAUGAUGAUGAUGAUGAUGAUUCUCGUGAGGAAAAUAUUGAAAAAAAAUCACUUACUUCUGAACAAUUAGCUAAACUUGAUGAAUAUUUUUCACUUAAAUAUAAUGAAGAACCAUUAUCUGAAGCUUUAACUCGUAUGAUACAUUAUCCAAAUGAAAAUCAUAUCACUAAACGUGAUGCUUUAUGGACAACAACAGAAGUUCUCGAGUGUAUUCGACGCUUGAGAUAUUCAAAGAAUAUAUCAAAACUUGAUCUUGUCACUGAAAUGCUCAAUUGCUAUCGACGCUUGAAGCAUCGUGACACAGAAGAACUGGUUGGUAUUCAACAAAAACCUCAAAAAGCCAUCGAUUGGUUUCCAAUUAUAUCGAUAAUUUUAGCUGCUAUUAUUUGUCUCAUUGCAUUCAUUAUUUUAUGUAAACGACAGAUAGAUCAUCGUCAUUAUAUUCAUCAUCAAAUAAAACGACGAGAGAAUAAUAAAAAUAAAAACAAAAAUAAUAAUCAAAUCUCAUUGUCAACAUUCGACGCAGCUGAAUGUAUUGAUGGUGAUGUAGAAUUCGUCGCUGGACUUAACAUAGAUUUGGCUAAAGGUAAUUUAAUACUGACAGAUUACGACGCUCAAAUGGUUAGUUAA